GAAAGGCAACAACUCUCGGAAUCAGAACAGUUCGGAAAGCCACAUGAUGUCGCUGUCUACCGCAAGGUAUUUCACCACAAAAGAUAUACAGCAUUUAUUACGUACGAAGACGCUGGUUUUCCUCACCAUCUCUGAAAUACGUGUACGGAAUGAUUAAGAAAUGAAAAAUAAGGAACUAGAAAUAUUUAAAAAUUUUUGAUCGAUGCAAAAGCGACCCAAUAUUUGGAAAAACCCUUGCAAUGGUAUUUUUCUGGAGAGAAGGUCAGGGAGUCUGGCGAUUACUGCUUUCGGUUCUGCACCUCCUAUUCUGGGAGGCAGGGAGCGGCCAGGUCCAUUACUCUGUCUCCGAGGAGGCCAAACACGGCACCUUCGUGGGCCGCAUCGCCCAGGACCUGGGGCUGGAGCUGGCGGAGCUGGUGCCGCGCCUGUUCCGGGUGGCGUCCAAAGGCCGCGGGGACCUUCUGGAGGUAAAUCUGCAGAAUGGCAUUUUGUUUGUGAAUUCUCGGAUCGACCGGGAGGAGCUGUGCGGGCGGAGCGUGGAGUGCAGCAUCCACCUGGAGGUGAUCGUGAACCGGCCGCUGCAGGUGUUCCAUGUGGAGGUGGAGGUGAAGGACAUUAACGACAACCCCCCUGUGUUCCCGGUAAAGGAACAAAGAGUGUUGAUUUACGAAUCUAGGCUGCCAGAUUCGUUGUUUCCACUAGAGGGCGCGUCGGAUGCAGAUGUGGGCUCAAAUUCUGUCUUAACCUACAAGCUCAGUUCCAACGAAAACUUCGCGUUAGAUGUGAAAACAAACAGUGAUGACAGUACACAAAUUGGGCUCGUGUUAAGGAAAUCGUUGGACAGAGAGGAAGCGCCCGAACAUAACUUAUUCCUCAUGGCCACUGACCAAGGCAAACCUGAGCUCACUGCCACUGUUCAGCUGCUGGUCACCGUACUGGAUGUGAAUGACAAUGCUCCCAGUUUUGGACAGUCAGAGUAUGAAGCAAAAAUAUUUGAAAACUCAGAUAACGGAACAAUAGUUAUGAGACUGAAUGCUUCUGAUAGGGAUGAAGGAGCGAAUGGGGAGUUUUCAUAUUCUUUUAAUAGUCUUGUUCCAUCCAUGGUUAGUAACCAGUUUAGAAUAGAUCCAAAUACUGGAGAAAUAGUAAUUCAAGGGAAUUUAGAUUUUGAAAAUAUAAAUGUAUACAAAAUCCGUAUUGAUGCGACAGACAAAGGCCACCCACCCAUGGCUGGUCAUUGCACCAUCUUGGUGAAAGUUUUGGAUAAAAAUGAUAAUGUCCCUCAGAUUGCACUGACUUCCUUAUCCUUGCCUGUCCGAGAGGACGCUCAUUUCGGCACUGUCAUUGCCCUAAUUAGCGUGUCCGAUCUCGACUCAGGUGCCAACGGGCAGGUGACCUGCUCUCUGACGCCCCAUGUUCCCUUCAAACUGGUGUCCACCUUCAAGAAUUACUAUUCAUUGGUUCUGGACAGCGCCUUGGAUCGCGAGAGUGUGUCGAACUAUGAGGUGGUGGUGACUGCGAGGGACGGGGGCUCGCCUUCCCUGUCGGCCACAGCCAGCGUGUCCGUGNCAGAGGCGGCAGCGGGUGUGCUCUGGGGAGGGGCCGCCCAAGGCAGAUCUCAUGGCCUUCAGCCCCAGUCUUACGCCGUGUCCACUACCAGACGUAGAAGGGGAAGAACAGUCUACUGGAGGCAACCACUCUAG